AUGCCCGCUCCGACCAACACCCUCCUCAUUGAGGGCUCUUUCUCCGAGCUCGCCGAGGAAUUUGCCCAGUACAUCGACACCCUCCGCAAAGAGGGCAGCCUUCAGUCCGAAAUCGCCCCGCUCCUCGAGCCCAUCCGUCAGCAGGAACAGUCCGAGGGCGAGGCUGACCUCAAGCAGCGCGAUGAGGUCCUGAAGAAGCUGGUGGGCGCUGCCGCCGUGCUGAACGGUGCUCCUGAAAAGGAGAUUACUCCCUCUUACAACCUCCUUGUCCAUCUCAUUCACCAGUCCUCCGACGCCGAUGUUUUCCUUCCUCGCAUCUGCACCUAUCUCGCUAAGCCCAUCACCACCUCCCCUCAGUUCGGCCCAACUCUGGCCAUCUCCAUCCUGACCACCAUCUUCAACACCCUGAACACCAACGACUCGAGCCGUUAUCACGUUCUGCUGGCCAUCGUGGCCGUGAUCCGUCAAUCAGGCUCCGGAUAUGCCUUCGAGGCGCUGAAGCCUCAGCUCGCUUCACAGUUGCCCACGUGGUUGGCCGCCUGGGAGUUGGACGAGGAGGAGACCCAGAAGGUUCACCUGGCCAUUGCCGACGCCGCUACCGCCGCUGGCGAUGACGAUCUUGCGCAGACCCACGUUGUGCAGGCUUUGCAGACCAUCCCCGCGGCCGAGGCCACCAAGCCCGCUGCUCGUGACUUGGCGGUUCGCGCUCUCGCCUCCGCGCUGCGCCGCCCCACGGUGUUCGAUUUCACUCCUUUGACCGCUUCAGAUGCUGUUCAGUCGCUCCGCUCCAGCGAUAGCACCCUCUUCGAGCUGCUGGAAAUCUUCACCUCCGACACCCUCGAUACCUAUGAGGAAUUUGUCGCGGCCAACCCGCUGAGCUCCAUCUCCGGUGGUGUUCUCGCCGAGGCCGCCGAUGCUCUGCAGACCAAGAUGCGCCUUCUUACGCUGACUUCGCUGGCCUCCUCCACUCCCUCGCGCUCUCUUCCAUACGCUACUAUUGUCUCAGCUCUGCGUGUGCCCGCCUCAGAUGUUGAGAUGUGGGUGAUUGACACGAUCCGAGCCGGUCUGGUUGAGGGUAAGCUCUCCCAGCUGAAGCAGGAGUUCCUCAUCCACCGCGCGACCUACCGCGUGUUUGGUGAGAAGCAGUGGGCUGAGGUCCAGGGUCGUCUGAUGGUUUGGCGCCGCUCCUUGGAGGGUGUCCUUAGCGUUAUUCGCAGUGAGCGUGAGCGCUUCAUUCGCGAGGGUAUUCAGGCUGCUGCCGAUCAGGAAGCCUCUACCACUCAGGGCAAGUCUGGUGACAAGUCUCGCUCUGGUGGUGACCGGAGGCGCAACCAGCAGCCUCGCGAGGUUGAGCCCGUUGCCGAAUAA